GUCGCCGCCUGUCAGCCUUACAGCGUACCAUCUUCCCAACUGAAGCCCAUUAUCCUCCCUCUGAACUCAACAGCUCUCAACUAUAAAAUCCUCUCUCUCUCUCUCUCUCUCUAUCUGUGCAAAAAGGUGAAGAUCCUGCAAUAGUACUUCUGAACGCUAGAUUUUCUUGAUUUGAAUCCAAUUUCUCUGCCUCUCGGUGGAUGUGUUGUUGGAAUUGAGCAAAUGGGCAAGUGGAUUCAUCGUCCCCGCCGUAGAUUCUGCCGUCAGGAAAAGCUUCCGGACCCGUCGCCUCUGCCAUUUCACCCCCAACCUCCUCCUCCUUCUGGGAGUCGGCAGGAUGGUGUACCUUAUUGGGAAAAGCAGUACUGCACGUUGGUGGGGUCUAUACCAUGGUGGAAGGUAGUAGAUGCAAAGAAUUAUAUGUAUGGAAGCAGUAUGGUACUCAAUUGGAAUGACUCAGGUGCAGAGGAGGCAUUUCAAAGUGCAAAAAAGCGAUUUUGGGCAGACAUCAAUGGUCUCCCCUUUGACGCAUCUCUGCCUGAUCCAAAUAUUUAUAUUGAUGCAAUAGAUUGGAACCCUAACAUCGAUCCUGCACUCAUUAAGGAAGUGGAUCGAGAGUACUUUGCUCCUGAUGAGGGAGAAGGGGAAGGCAAGAUUGGGCAAACAAACAAGAAGGCAAAAUAUUCAGAUUUUGUUCCUCCCGAUGAACAUAACACUGUCCCUGAUACUCAUACAAAUUCUUGGGAAUGUGACAACAUUCAGGAUAGUGGACAUUUGAUAAAUAAAGCUCCGGGCAGGAACCAGUGGAAAACUAAUCGUGACGACCCUUGGGAACGUGGAAUUACUCAGGGCAAUGGAACUACUGAGACGGAGAAGAAUGCAUGGGAAGAUAGAAGGAAUGAGUCGCGGGGAUGGAACCAGAUGGAAGACAGUAUCACUGCGCCAAAGAGUUGGGAUAAUGGUGUCAAUCCUUGGGAAGGAGGCUGUCAGGAUGUUGCCUCUGUGAAAGGUAGUAGAUGGGCUGAUCCGGUAUCUAAUUCUUGGGGCUGCAACCAGGAGUCAAAGAACUUGGGUCGUGGUGAAAAUUCUUGGAAGUAUGGUCUUAGUCAAAACAGAAAAUCUCUAAAAGAUAGAGAAUGGAGAGAUCGUGGAGGAGAUGAAUGGGGUCAGAAACAGUGGGAGAGCCAUAAUAACCAGAAAAAUAAUUUGGAUUUUGGGAUAACAAAUAGUGGUCGGGGAGCAAGGAACGAUGGUGGCCAUAAGAGGGGACACCCUCACCAGUACAGAUCAGGCUAUAAAAGCUCAAGAUUGCAAGGGAGUGAUUAUCAAACAGGUAACUACUGGAGCAGGGAAAAUAACAGAAAGAGGGUCAGUUUCGCCUAAGAGUAGCGGGUGAUAAAAAACAAGGGGUUGCUUUUUGUUCGUGUGUUUUGAAUCACCAGCUGGUCAUAAUAGAAGCAGAUAUGCAGGCAUGUUCUACAUAUUAUAUGUAUGUCAUUUCUGUUAUCUCAUCUGCGACAGGAAACGGGUAAUUAUGUUCUUCCACAGAAUGCAAUUCGAUGGAUCUUCCGACCUUCCCGGUUUGUAAACAGAAUAUAUCCGAUCAAUCUAUCGUGUUGAGGGUUUUGAAUUUUGAUAAUUACUCUCAACUUUUGCAGCAUGUAUCAUUGUAAAAUUCUUUGAAUGUUAUAUUAUCAGGCCGUUGCCCUGCAGCUACUUUCCCAGAAAGAAGUGAGAUACGUGUAGUGUUUGCUGGAUAAGCUCACAAUACUAAAUUGACUGGCAAAGUUUAUAAAUUUCUUGAUUGGAUA